UUCCUAAGUGCUCAAUGGCUGGUGGGCGGAGCUUUCAAAAAGACCUGAAGGACUGUGAACUUUCGCUCGCUGAACAAGCUUCUUUUCCCUCUGGGAUUUGCCUGAAGACAAAAUCUCACAAGAAUAAGGAAACUCUGAACCAGGAGUCAUGGACGCCAAACCUAAGCUCUACUACUUUAAAGGCAGGGGAAGGAUGGAGUCGAUCCGCUGGCUGCUCGCUGCGGCUGGAGUGGAGUUUGAAGAAGAAUUUCUUGAGACAAGAGAACAAUAUGAGAAGUUACAAAAGGAUGGACGCCUGCUUUUUGGCCAAGUACCUUUGGUUGAAAUAGACGGAAUGCUGCUCACACAGACCAGAGCCAUCCUCAGCUACCUCGCUGCCAAGCACAACUUAUAUGGGAAGGACCUGAAGGAGAGAGUCAGGAUUGACAUGUACGCAGAUGGCACCCAGGACCUGAUGAUGAUGAUUGCCGGGGCUCCAUUUAAAGCCCCUAAGGAAAAAGAGGAGAGCUAUGCUUUAAUAGUGACGAAAGCUAAAACACGUUACUUCCCAGUGUUUGAAAAGAUUUUAAAAGACCACGGAGAGGCUUUUCUUGUUGGCAACCAACUCAGUUGGGCAGACAUCCAGCUCCUAGAAGCCAUUUUGAUGGUGGAAGAACUCAAUGCUCCUGUGCUGUCCGACUUCCCUCUGCUGCAGGAAUUUAAGACAAGAAUCAGCAACAUUCCUACAAUUAAGAAGUUCCUGCAACCCGGAAGUCAGAGGAAGCCUCCUCCAGAUGGCCCCUAUGUUGAGGUGGUGAGGACUGUCCUGAAGUUCUAGUGGCAGCAUGCUUGAAGGUGACUACUGCAAGGAUCCAUAGGCCAGCUGCCGAGCAGUCCAGAAGCAAGGUGUAGCUCCCAGGAGCCAAGGUCCCCAAACAACAAAGCCACUCUGUCCACAGUGACAAGUGCCAAUUAAAUACAGUGAACAACUAUUCUCCA